AUGAAAUUUAAAACAUUGAAAAAAUUUGAGCAGUUGAAACGCCGUCAUUUUGCGCGCGCUUUGCGUGACGUCACAUGACACGUCCAGUGGGUCUUUACUGUGAACUUUUCAGUUACUUCGUACAUACUUACAGUUUUAAUAAGUUAAUAACCAUGGAAAAAGCCAAAAAAAUAUCUUAUAAGUAUUGUAUAGUACCGGAGUGCACAAAUACUGUUCGAAAAACACCAGACAAAGUGUUUUUUCGUAUUUCAAGUGAUGCGAAAAUACGAAAACAGUGGUUUAAGGUGAUGAGAAGAGAUAAAUUAUCUCCUAAAUCGUGUUUAUACUGUUGUGAAGAUCAUUUUAACGUAAGUAUACUUUAUUUAUAUACAGCUUAG